ACGAAGCAUUAAUCAGCGAUACGACCCUGGAUCCGCGUGGGGCGCACAUGGCGUGAAAGCUUAUUGCGGAGCCUCAAAACACAUGUCAACACUGCCGGUUUCUACCAAAUAGCAUCUCUUGCUGGCACAUACACCAGAACUGCGAUCAAUCAGGUAUUUGCAGGAUGUCCCCAAAGACAUUCAGUCUCCGAGGACAAGCUCUCAAACUCAACACCGCCGAAGACAUUAAGAAACACGCGCAACCCCUCGGCGAAGCCAUAGACUUCGAGAUCGUUCAUCUAGAAGGCAACACAAUCGGCGUGGAGGCCGCAGAAGCACUAGCCAGCCUCUUGUCAAAGCAACAAGACCUCCAAGAAGCGAACUUAGCAGACAUCUUUACCGGCAGACUGUUAUCAGAAAUACCUUCAGCGCUUGACAGUCUACUGAAAGCCCUCCUCAGGUGUCCCAAACUACAUACGGUGAACCUGAACGACAAUGCCUUUGGCCUGAACACCGUGGAACCUCUCCGCCCGUUUCUGAGCCAGCAUACCCCGCUACAGCAUCUCUACCUCAACAACAACGGGCUAGGACCUGCAGCGGGCACGCUUGUAGCAGACGCACUUGCGCAGCUUGCGGAGAAGAAGGCGCAGGCGCGGAAGACGCAGGGUGAAAGUGCCGUGCCUGAUUUGGAGACGGUGGUGUGUGGGCGGAACAGGCUGGAGAAUGGGUCUAUGGCAGCGUGGGUGAAGGCUUACACGGCUAAUGACAAGGUGAAGACGGUGAAGAUGGUGCAGAAUGGGAUUAGGCAGGAGGGGAUUGCGGCGUUGUUGCAGAAAGGGUUGUCAAAGUGUAAGGAGUUGAAGGUACUGGAUUUGCAGGAUAACACCUUCACUUCCCGCGCCGCCAAAACCCUCGCCACCGUGCUCCCCAGCUGGCCCUUUCUCCGCGACCUGGGUGUCGGUGACUGCCUCCUCAGCGCGCGGGGAGGCGUGUUACUUGGCGAAGCCCUCUCCCAAUUCCACAACAAGCAGCUUGAGGUACUACGGUUACAAUUUAAUGAGAUCGAUGUCAAGGGUCUUAAAGCCAUCACCGAUGCCGCAACGUCUCAGAAUGCGCUACCGCGGUUACGUAGGGUGGAACUGAAUGGGAAUAAAUUUAGUGAGGAGGAUCCGAACGUCAAGAAAUUGCAGACGCUGCUGAGCGAGCGGAAGGAGAAGGAUGGGAGCGAGUAUCCGGACGUUGAUGAGGAUGAUGAGGACGCGUGGGGCUUGGAUGAGUUGGAUGAGCUUGAAGAUGAAGACGAGGAGGAGGAGGAAGAGGCGGAGCAGGAAGAUGAGGUUGAGGACGAAGCGGAGAAGGUGGUGGAGGAGGCCGAGGUGGCGGAAGACGAGCCGGUUGCGCAAGAGAAGGAUAAGGAGGUUGAUGAGCUGGCUGAUGCGCUUAGUAAAACGGAGCUGAAGUAGGCUUCGUGGUCUGCUGGGUUGGGCAUAGCGUUGGCUUGCGUGGUGGGAAAGGAUGCAUGGACGGCAGGUUACUUUGGUUGAUGUUGCUUGUGAUACCACUACGCGAUACCCAUAGCCACAACGACGGGCUAC